AGCUUGAGUGAGCAACAGUCAACGAGCUCCAAAGUAUCUUCCUCAUAAAAGAGAGGCGUCAGGCAUUACUCUCUCAGUCGUUGGUAACGAGGUACUGAUUACGGAUUAUUGUUAACAAAUAUGAAAAAAGUUUUUAUUUCAUUUUGCAUUAUUCUUGCGAGUGCUAACGGUCAGUUCGAAGAUGAUCAGGUUGAUCUCAACGAGGGAUGGUUCACGGAUGAAAUGUACAAUGAUCCGUACUUUGUGGAUUUGAGGAAUCAAGGGUAUGGGGUUAUUUUGCCAGGCACAAAGUGGUGUGGCAGAGGGUCUAAAGCCAGGGGUUUCGAUGACCUUGGGACCUACAACCGUACUGACGCAUGCUGUCGUGCUCAUGACAAUUGUCCAGACUUCAUGAAGCCCAGAGAGACCCGCCAUGGCCUCACUAAUCCCUCAUCAUCCAGCAGCCUGAGCUGUGAGUGUGAUCGGGAAUUCUAUCAGUGUCUCAAGGAUAAUCAAAAUUUCCCGAGUAAAACUAUUGGAACUCUGUAUUUCGAUGUUCUGAAGAAGCAGUGUUUCGAAGAAGUCAACGGGAGAUAUGUGUGGAAACAGCCGCAGCCGUUCUCUGAGGGAAAAUUCAUACAAUUUUUAAGAAAACUUUUAUAACUGUCUCUUAUUGCUGUGAACAUGACAUUGCAAUUAAAAUCGUACACCGAAUUACCACCCAAUUA